GGGCUCUAUUGUUAUUUACCGAAGCGGCGGAGCACGCCGCCGCGCCGCCCGGGCUCGGAGGGACGGGAGGGGAGGGGACGGGACGGAGAGGCAGCCCGCGCCGCUCCGCGCCCGCUCCGCGCCGGGCAGCGGCAGCGCCGAGUCCUGCGGUCUCCUGAGAACAUUUUUUUCUGAGUGACUCCAGCUUCCAGACACAUUUGCCAUGAUAAGGGUUUCGAUCCUUUCCCAUAUUUGCCCUGAGUCAUGAGUGGAUAUGUGUGAUGCCUGCAAGUAAAACUGGGUAAGAAGAGUGACCUUUUUGGGUGGCCGUAACUGAAGAUUGCUUUACAGGAGCAACUGAAGAAGGUUUUUGAGUCAUGAUGCAAGAAUCUGGGACUGAGACAAAAAGUAACGGUUCAGCCAUUCAGAAUGGAGCGAGCGGUGGCAACCAUUUACUAGAGUGCAGCCUGCGGGAAGUGAGAUCAAACGGCGAGACACCUUCAGUUGAAAUUGGGGCUGCAGAUUUAGCACAUCUUCAGCAACAGCAGGCUCUCCAGGUGGCACGACAGCUUCUACUGCAACAGCAGCAGCAGCAGCAACAAGUUAGUGGAUUAAAGUCUCCGAAGAGGAAUGAAAAGCAGCCAGCCCUUCAGGUUCCAGUGUCGGUGGCUAUGAUGACACCUCAAGUGAUCACUCCCCAGCAAAUGCAGCAGAUCCUCCAGCAACAAGUCCUAACUCCGCAGCAACUCCAAGUCCUGCUCCAACAGCAGCAGGCACUCAUGCUUCAACAGCAGCAGCUUCAAGAGUUUUAUAAGAAACAACAGGAACAGUUGCAGCUUCAACUUUUACAGCAACAACAUGCUGGAAAACAGCCUAAAGAGCCCCAGCAACAGCAAGUGGCUACGCAGCAGUUGGCCUUCCAGCAGCAGCUCUUACAGAUGCAGCAGUUGCAACAGCAGCACCUCCUGUCUUUGCAGCGUCAGGGGCUGCUAACAAUCCAGCCCGGUCAGCCUACUCUGCCUUUGCAACCCCUUGCUCAAGGCAUGAUUCCAACAGAACUGCAGCAGCUCUGGAAGGAAGUGACAGGCUCGCACACGGCAGAGGAGGCAGCCAGCAACAACCACAGCAGCCUGGACCUGUCCACCACCUGUGUCUCCUCCUCCGCGCCGUCUAAGACCUCCUUAAUCAUCAACCCACACGCCUCAACUAAUGGACAGCUAUCGGUCCACACUCCUAAACGGGAGAGUUUAUCCCACGAGGAGCACUCACACAGCCAUCCGCUCUAUGGACAUGGUGUAUGCAAAUGGCCAGGCUGUGAAGCAGUUUGUGAAGACUUCCAGUCGUUUCUAAAACAUCUCAACAGUGAGCAUGCGCUGGAUGAUAGAAGUACAGCCCAAUGUAGAGUACAAAUGCAGGUUGUACAGCAGUUAGAGCUACAGCUUGCAAAAGAUAAAGAGCGCCUGCAAGCCAUGAUGACACACCUGCAUGUGAAGUCAACUGAACCAAAAGCCACCCCUCAGCCCCUGAAUCUGGUAUCAAGCGUCACGCUUUCCAAGACUGCAUCCGAGGCAUCUCCACAAAGCUUACCUCAUACUCCCACCACCCCGACUGCGCCCAUCACUCCCGUCACACAGGGACCGUCGGUCAUCACUACCACGAGCAUGCACAACGUCGGACCCAUCCGGAGGCGGUACUCGGAUAAAUACAACGUCCCCAUUUCUUCAGCAGAUAUUGCCCAGAACCAAGAAUUUUAUAAGAAUGCAGAAGUUAGACCACCAUUCACGUAUGCAUCUUUAAUUAGACAGGCCAUCCUUGAAUCUCCAGAAAAACAGCUAACACUAAAUGAAAUCUACAACUGGUUCACGCGAAUGUUUGCUUACUUCAGACGCAACGCGGCGACGUGGAAGAAUGCAGUGCGUCAUAAUCUUAGUCUUCACAAGUGUUUUGUGCGAGUAGAAAACGUUAAAGGGGCAGUAUGGACAGUGGAUGAACUAGAGUUCCAAAAACGAAGGCCACAAAAGAUCAGUGGUAACCCUUCUCUUAUUAAAAACAUACAGACCAGCCACACCUACUGCACACCUCUCAAUGCUGCUUUACAGGCUUCAAUGGCUGAGAACAGUAUACCUCUAUACACUACUGCUUCCAUGGGAAAUCCCACUCUGGGCAAUUUAGCCAACGCAAUGAGGGAAGAGCUUAAUGGUGCAAUGGAGCAUACGAACAGUAACGGGAGUGACAGUAGUCCAGGACGUUCCCCUAUGCAAGCGAUGCACCCUGUGCAUGUCAAAGAAGAACCGUUAGAUCCAGAUGAAAAUGAAGGCCCGCUAUCCUUAGUGACAACAGCCAACCACAGUCCAGAUUUCGAUCACGACAGAGAUUAUGAAGAUGAACCUGUAAAUGAGGACAUAGAAUGAGUAUGUCUGACAUCAUUAUCCUGAGAAUGAAGAUUGGAGGAACACGUCAAACUUAGCUGUGAAAUCUCUCCAUUAUUGUACAGUCUGGAGGAUUCUCAGUCCACUUUGACAACUAUGAAAUAUGUUAACUCUUAGUGCCAUCAAGUAUCCCAUUUGGGAGUAUUUUUGAUUUUUCUACUUUUUGUUGAAAAAAGGAAUUUGUACUCUGUGCAUUGGAUGGACUUGUUUGGUACUUGGGAUUUUCCUCUCUUACAGUCAACAUCAGUGUUGUAAAUUUGCUAAACUGAUUCACUUGCAUUUAGCAGCCAGCUGUGGACUGCAGGUCCUGCCAAUUUUGGACACUUGAGGACAUCAAACUGAGCAUGUACACCUGAACUGCAGAUCAAGUCUUUGCCCAGAUUUUAAGGAUUCCAAUGGACAACAUAUUUGCACAGUACUGCAUGUUGAUUAUCACUGCCUUUACUCCAUUUUUUUUUUUGUUUGUUUUAUUUUUUGAUUGGUUUCUUUUUUUUUUUCCGCUUCCAUUUGGGAUGGGGAAGGCCUGUGUGUGCACGUGUGUGGAUAUGUGUGUGUGCGCGUGUGAGUGUGUAUAUCGGGGAGGGGUUAAAAGAAAAAAUUAUCCCAAGCUUUUUAAUGUAUUGCUUUGAUUCCCCCGCCCCACUUCUCCUAUACCAUUUUAAGUUCUGACCUCAGGCCUCAUCUGGGCCCAGGGCCUCUCGGAGGCUUCAACGUUUUCUGUACUUUGUGAUGAAUGUUAAUAGGUGUUUUUAUUAUACGAAGCUGAAUGUCAUUGAAUUGUUUGUAGUUUUUUCUGUCAUUCAUUCCAGUUUCCUUCAGAUGCCACCAUGUUUUCUUUAGCUAUGGAAAACAUUCCAUUUCGGUGUCUCCUUCUUUUUGUUGUUGUUUUUCGAAAACGUCCCAAAUGCUGCACUAUACAUGUGGAAGGGUUGUCCAACGGAGAGAGAGGAACGGAGUACUGCAAGAAUGAGAAUGAAUGACAGAUGAACAUAGAAACACUGUAGGAAGCAACACAGAUUCAUUCCACAAAGCAGUAUUUUUAAUAUAUUUUUUGUUGUUGUUUGGGUUUUUUGAUAUUCUUUUUUGGCAGCAACGGUGAAUAUUAGCAAAUGCCACAAAAUUGAACAGCACAAAGAAACAUAUGCAGCACCAACAGAGUUCACUUUUAUUAGAGGAUGCAUAGUACAGUGGCAGGUUCUCGGUUGUUUAACACGAGUUCUAAUGGGUCAACAAGUCUUUCUGGAAUAUCUAAGAUUACCGAGAUGGGCACCUAUACAUUUGUUAUUACAACUAAUGGGGUUUUUAGGAUUUUUUUUUUUUUGGUUUGUUUUUUUUUUCUUUUUGCAUUUGCAAAUAGUGGUUGGAAAGAUGACUUCAUUAAAUUGUUAUUGUACAGGGUGAUGCUUCACGGUUAAACAUCAGUUCAGGAUUGCUUGGUGGCAUUAAUCUGUUUGAAUACAAAUUAGAUUUCAGAUUGAACUUGUUACGGGAGUUAAUAAGGACGGAGCCCCACUAAUGCUAAAGUGUUAAUUUUCAGCUGUGCAAAUCCAGUACUGCAGUUAAGAUUGUUAUGCAAUAUUACACCAGCCAGUAUGGAAACCUCGCCGUAGGAGACAGGACGCCUAGGAGAGAAUUCGUGCCGGGGCUCGUUAAGCAAAACUGGCAAGGCUCUUCAAAGCAAAUAUGACAUACAAAAUUUGUUGCGAUAGGUCAGUAAACUUUGGUCACCAAACACCUAAACAUUUGCAUUCUGCAACCACUUUUCCGUCACUCAUUUAUUUAUGUAGGACUGUAGCUUUUUUAUUAUUUCAAAAAGCCUUUCAGAGCUUAAUUUAUAUUCUUCUUUGUACCUUUUUUUUCCUAAAAUUACCAAAGAUAUUACACAAAGGUAAAUUAUGUUCUCUGUUAUAUGCUUUAUCUUAUGAAGCCAAAUAUCCUCUUAUUGUUGAUCAAAGGAGGUUGAAGAAUUUAGAGGGAAAGGACGAGACAUGGGCUAUUGCUAACCUGAGAGGGAAACUGCUCCUUUAUUCUAGAAAAUUUAGAAGGCCAAGUAGAUGUCUGAACCAAAGUUGUUACUUUUUAUUUGCAAUUCUUUACAGUGACCAAAACAAAAGUCUGUAAAGAGGAAUUGAGGGGAGCUUUUGAGGCUAAAACUAGGCAUCAGUGUUACUAGUGGAGCUAUGAGAAGGGAGCUGGAGAAAGCAAAGGCACAGUUAUUUCGUGGAAAAUUAAGAGUAUCAGAUAAAGGAGGCAGUUUAGUAAAAUACAGAAGAGAACAGAAAAGCUCCCACAA